AUGACUCUAUUUGUAUGCGCAAUUGACCAAGGAACCACGUCCACUAGAUUCCAGAUAUUCAAUCAGGAAGGAGCAUUUGUCACAUCACACCAAGAACAACUAAGACAGAUUUACAAAAGACCAGGGUGGAUCGAACAUGAUCCAAAGGAGAUUCUUAGAUCAGUAGUUACAUGUGCAGAAGAAGCAAUCCGAAGAUUCGAACUAAUGGGCCAUUCUACCAAACAUAUCAAGAGCCUUGGUAUCACAAAUCAAAGAGAAACCACAAUUGUGUGGAACAAAGAUACGGGUGAACCUUUGUACAAUGCAAUCGUCUGGGGAGACACACGAACAAACAAAAUAGUCCAACGCCUUCAAAAGAAGGAUACGUCUAAACUUCAGAAAAUGACCGGUCUACCACUGCACAAUUACUUUUCGGCUCUCAAACUUGCAUGGCUAAUGAAACACGUACCUGCAGUCAAGACUUCUAUAGAGAAAGGACAGGCAAUGUUUGGGACGGUGGAUAGUUGGCUUAUCUGGAACUUGACAGGUGGACCAAAUGGAGGUGCUCAUGUCACAGAUGUAACCAAUGCAAGUCGAACAAUGUUGAUGAACCUUGAGACACGCGCAUGGGAUCCUAUUUUACUAGAAUUCUUCGGUGUUCCAGAAUCAAUCUUACCAGAAAUCGUGUCUUCGUCAGAACAUUAUGGAGAUGUUGAACUCAUAAAGGCAAUCAAAGGUUUACCUAUCUGCGGCUGUCUUGGUGACCAGCAGGCUGCUUUUGUGGGCCAAAAAUGUUUUGAGCCUGGCGAGAUCAAGAAUACAUAUGGAACCGGUGCAUUUAUGCUUCUUCAUGUCGGAGACACUCCGGUCUGUUCCAAACAAGGUCUUAUCUCAACCAUUGGAUACCAGCUAGGCCGCGAUGGUCCGGUUGGGUAUUGUCUAGAGGGGUCAAUUGGCGUGGCUGGAUCAGCUAUUGAAUGGCUCAAAGACAACAUGGGUAUUAUUGAAAAUGUAAAACAAGUAGAUGAAUUGGCUUCACAAGUUGAUGAUACAGGUGGCGUUGUGUUUGUAACUGCCUUCUCGGGUUUGUUUGCUCCUUACUGGCGUGACGACGCGCGUGGUACCAUUGUCGGCUUAACUCAGUUCACAAAUAAGUGCCAUUUGACGCGUGCCACUCUUGAGGCUGCGUGUCUUUCAACACGUGCAGUUUUGACAGCCAUGCGACAGGAAGGCCAUGUUGAACUCAAGACAUUAAAGGCUGAUGGCGGUCUGUCCAAUUCUGAUGUGUGCAUGCAACUCCAGGCAGAUACACUGGGUAUUCCCCGACCAGCUAUGCGUGAGACUAGUGGGUUAGGAGCAGCAUUUGCAGCUGGUCUUGGUUGUGGUCUCUGGAAAGACCUUGAAACUGUAAGAUCACUGUAUGUAGAGGGAGCUGAUGUAUUUGAAGCCGAUAUAAAUAAUAAAGAUCGUGAAGCAAAGUAUACAAUGUGGGAAGAGGCUGUUAAAAGAAGUUAUGGAUGGACACAAGUUUACAAUGAUGACUCUGAAUAA